AUGCCUGCACGAUCUAUACAGAACCCCUCGGCCCUCAUCAGCAACGUUCCGGUCCUCGAAGCUCCCUUGACCCAAGACUCCGGGGCCAAGACCGAUUACAAGGAGGGCAAUAAACCGGUCACCCAAGGCUCGCAGCGACUUUACUAUGCCGAAGAGUCCGGAUCCGACUGGGAUAGUCCCUCGGACAUGGCUCGUGCUACCUUGAAGAUGACGCUGUCGAUCGAUUUGGCCAUACGCUACAAGGAAACCAAACCGGUCAAUGUCCUCUUCAAGACGAUCUGUGAUGCGUACGAAAAGAAUACCCGGGCUAGACGGAUGAUGCUUCAAGACGCUUUCUGGUCCGCUCGUCACGACCCAAACAAGCCAAUUGCGACGUGGAUAGCUCGUAUCUGCAAUACAGCUUCUGAUCUGAAGUCGGUAAAGCUAUCUCCGGCCGAUCAACAAAUCUGUGACCGGCUACUCCGCGGUCUAGACGAAAGCUGGAAACCUAUUCGCGAUCACCUGGUCUACUCGCCAAACGAGAUGUCACUCGACGAUGCCAUCGGAGCCCUUGAAGCACAUGAGGUUUCCAUGCAGGUCUCUUUUGAUCAACCUCCUGAGACAUUUGCAGCUCCAGCAGUUGUCAAGAAGAAAAAACCUGGAUGCUGGAACUGCGGACAAGUAGGCCACCACUCCUCGGCAUGUCCCAACCCUUCGGCCAAGAACAAAGGAAAAGCUAGAUUCGAAACUAGGGCUGGUGCCACGUCGGUAGUCCAACUAGGUGGCGGCAAUCAAAGUGAAUAUGAGGACGAAGACGAAGACGACGACUUCGACAGAGAAAUCGAUGUCGUUUGGGGAUGA